AUGUUGGAAAAUAAGACUAAUGAUUAUUCUUUAUUCAAUACUACACUGAGGGAUGAGUUUAACACAGAAUUUAGUGACAAAGUUUUUCCGGUCAGCAUUGUGUUUGGACUUAGCGCGUGCUUUGGAUUUUUUGCCAACAUUUUGGUGAUUUACAUAUAUGGCAUCAAGUACAAACGAUGCAACUUCAAGUACUUCCUGCUUGUGCUUGGUCUGAUAGGGCUGGGCCAGUGCACCGUCAUGUUACCAACACAGAUGGCGGAGAUGCACUACUGGUUCAACUUCCCCACCUCAUGGCUCUGUCGCGUGUCCGCCUAUGUGUUUGGCUACACCGUGAUACACUGCUACUCAAUCCUCCUCCUGAUCGCCGUCGACCGCUUCCGGAAGGUAUGCCGUCCCUACGACUGGCAGAUACAGCCGGCCACCGCCCGAAACCUCUGUAUUAUCGUCUCCUUUGCCUCUCUGUUCUUCGCAGCCCCUCCGGGCAUAGUAAGCGGUCACCACAAGUUUGUUACGACGUACAACGACGCCAAUAUAACGGUCACAGUCUGUGGCACCGACGAUAUCUUCAAUAAACGCGACUGGGCUGUGUAUUUCUUGCUUCUGUUCGGUGGCGUUCCUGUAUCGGUCAUCAUCGUCGUCACAUGCACGCUGUACGGUAUGAUACUUAAACAGUUCCAUACCCACGGGUCAGCGGUUAUACUCAAGAGCCUGUAUAACCAAUCUCCGUCUAAAUUGAACCUGGAAAUCAUUGACAAUCAAAAAGACGAACAAAACAACAUUCAGAUUACAAAUCAAAAUGUGACCAGCAGUAUAAGUACAGCACAGACAACAAUAAAACACACGUUAUCGAAAUCUGAGCUGUCCGAUAUUCCUGAUUCGCCUUCGCAAAGCCUCAAGAGACACAAACAAUUCAACAAAGUGUUUAACGCACUUUUCCCCAAUCGCGGGGAUAGUGUCUACAGCGAAAGGUCAGAGACCGCACAGAGCUUCCGGAAAACAAACUCAAAGCGUGCUAUAAGGGACAAACUCCUUAGAAAGACCCUCAUUAUGCUCAUAAUAACAGUGACCUGCAUUUUGGGGUUAUUAAUCACAUUCAGCCUACACAUUGUGGCCGAAGAUGUCAAUAAUAACGUGCUCAGCAUCCCGUCAGUCAUUCUCAACAUAUUCGUUAUAUUCCAUAGAGGUAGUGUGUCCAUCAUUUGUGCCCUGUUUCCAAUUAUCUACGGUAUUCGUGAUCAUAAGUUUCGUCACUAUGUUCGCCAUAUGAUUCCUAGAAAACGAUCCGCAGCACACAACAUUCAAAUGGUUGAACGUGUUGCGGCUAAGGAGGAGUCAAAGUGUUAA